UCAGCUAUGAGGAUCUUAUCAUUCUCUCGUGUCCUCCUGUUGCUAUUUCUCUCUUGUUUUGUUGCUAUUGUCAGUCCAACAGUAAUCCUUACACAGAAUGUCACUAAUACUGUAGAAGACAGCAUUACCGUUUUCCCUGGGAUUACAAUACAGAUAACAUGUGUAAUUACUGGUUCUGGCUUUAUACAGUGGAUAGGUGAUGGUGGUAGUUCAGUUAUCAACAAUGGUUCUCAGCAAGCUGCUACACUUGGUGAUUUUAGUUUGAUGCUUUUAAAUAUCAAUGAAUCAUCAAUAUCGUCAACAGCAACAGCAGUUUCUUCAUCCAAUACUUCAUUAACUUGUAGUGAUAAUGAUGGUAACAUUGAAACCAUUGAUAUAAUUAUUAAACCAGUUGAUCCACAAGUUUAUAUGAUACAGAAUGUCACUAGUAAUUCCAGUAAUAUAACAAUAUGUCCUAAUGACCCCAUUACCUUUAGUUGCCGCUCCACUACUGGUAUAUUGGUCUGGGAACUGGACGAUGGACAAAGCAUUUCUCUGACUAGCUUUGGAGAGAUGAAAACCUUAGGAGACUUUGAACUAGUAGUUACUAAUGUAACCAUAUUGUCACUGGAAAUUGAAUCAACUGCAACCAUCAGUUCUCCUGUUACUAAUUUCACACUGUCUUGUCACACUAAUGUCACAAAUGGACUUAAUAGACUUAGUUCUGCAAUAGAAGUUGCCGUUAGAAGUCCUCCUGUUCCAGUAUCAUCAGUCAAUGUGUCAGAGGUUUGCUAUGAAAGUAUUUCAUUAAAUUGGACUGAUACUAUCAAUUCAAUUGACACACCACAACUGGAUCAUUAUUUAGUGUCCGUAACUGCUCAAAAUACUCAAAUGGACUACAUUGUUAAUGGAUUCAAUACCAGUUUAACAGGACUGACCAGUAAUGAACUAUAUACCUUAUCAGUGGUUUCAGUUAACUGUGCUGGUAGUAGUAAUCCAGUGUCAUUUCAAAGGACCAUUAUUAGACAAAAGCCUUCUGUACCAACACUGCAAGGAUUAGACCUUCUUUCUGAUCGCAGUAAUGCAUCAAUUGCCACUAUAUCCGUUAGAUGGGAGCCUGGUGUAAUGACAGAUUGCCUACAGUCUCCAGUCACUAGUCAUACUAUAAUAGUAUCUGGAGUUAUAAGGACUGUUUAUACAGUUGAUGGUUCAGUAAGUAAUAGUACACUUACUGUACCAUCUUGUGGUGCAUCAGCAGUUACUGUGAGUGCAGUAAAUGAUGUUGAUUCUAGUGACAGAUCUGAUUCAGAGAUUUUUAGAGGUACUCCAUUGACAUUAACUGUGUCUACUAGAGCAGUGGAUGGAGAUUCAGUAACACUCUCUGUUACUAUAACAGAAUGUCUUAGGUCAUCAGUAGAGAAUGUUACUGUUACCUAUCGCAAUGAACCUUCAUUUGGUUACACUAGAACUGUAUCUUAUCCAAACAACAGUGCCUCAGUAUCCAUCACAUUGAGUGAUCUACUGUCUACUACUGAUUAUAAUGCAACUGUAGUUGUAUAUUAUAAAGAAAGUGAGAGGACUAGUGUCCUUGGACCUUCUUUUAUCAUGUUUGCUACGACUGAAGAUUUAUUUUCACUUCGUGAAGCUGUCAUCAUUGGGCUAUCAGUUGCUUUUGGAGUCAGUGUACUAAUAAUCGUAUUAAUUAUUGCAUUACUAAUUGCUUUUUGCUACAAGCUCUGGGAUCAGUACAAGUCUGGUAUAACUCUCAGAAAGAAAUUCAAGAGUUUGGUUUUGCGUCAAAAAGAAAUCGAAGAGGAGCUGAGGGAAUUGAGAGAAAGAAGGAAAACGAUGAAGUCAAUACGAGUCCCUCAUGAACGAACAGACUUCCAAAUGAGAGGCCCAGGAAGAGAAGCAAUAGCUCGAACAGUUGAGGUCUCUGAAAUGUAAAAAUCCUUAUAAUUAGUUUAAAUUAUAUAGCAAAAUAUAACAUUCUUUAUUUAGAAUUUUGUUUUUAUACCUCAUGCAUCAUACCUUUUAAUACUAUUGCAGCAUUUUUUAAGCACACAGCUGUUAUUAUUAUUAUUGUUUCCUGUUAAAAAUAAUUUUUUAUUAUUAUAAA